AUGAGUCACUUUAAACAAGACUGUGUAUUUUUAAAUGCCAGCGCAAGGUAAGAAUACGAUACCAAUGUCUGACUGUAUUUUCGCAUCAGUCACAUGACAAACACUGUUAUGGCAGCUUUCUCCGGGCAUUCCAGUUCCCACCCAUUUAGAACUGAUGAACCAUCCAGUAUAAAUAAAGUUAGUUUAGUUUAGAUUGAUGUUCUCCUAUAUAGAUUUCUCAGGCGCCAGUCACACUAAGUAUAUUUUCCUUGUUUUUACCAGCGGUGGGGAGAUGUGGUCCAACAAAGGAUGUAAGGUUGCUGAUGUCAAUGAAACACACACAACUUGUGAAUGUAACCAUAUGAGUAGCUUCAGUUUGUUGGUCGAUAAAAGCAAACCUAACGUAAGUUAUUACAUUCACAACCCAACGUUUCAACAAUCCAGUCUUCAUCACGGUUGAUCUAAAGUCACAACGUUGUUCUUUAUACUCAAGGGAUGCAUGUCUUCAUUCCCCAACCAGGAAAAAUAUUAUUGUGGAAGAUAGUUACUGUUUUCUCUAUGCAUGGUGAGAUGAGCGUCAUCCUGCUCAUUCUGUGGUUUGCGUUUGAGCUACUGUUCUUCAUUUAACUGUUCAGACACAAACAAUUACAGCUUAUUAAUAUGUACCUACCCUAGGCCCACACGCUUAAAAUAUUAACUAAAUAUGUUCUAUUUAUCACCUAGGAUUUCAUUCCGAAAACCACCCCUGUAUCAACUGGUGAGGGUGGUGCUGGAAGUGGCAGUAGUUCAUCUUCUGGAAUUGUUUAUAUUGCUUUGUUGUUCUUACUCAUCUUGGCUGUUAUUAUCAUCAUUAUAUUUGCUGUCUGGAGGUAUGCCAUACUUCUGUGUUCUUCUUAACUUUUAUAGCUUAAAAACAAACUUUUUAUUGAAAUAAAACGUGACACAACAGAGAUGUAAUUUUUGUACUUUUAUUCUCAGGAAAAGAAAAGGAAAGAGCAAAGAUGAAAAAGACAGUGAAACAACCAAAUCAGGUAUUUGCUUUAAUUGCCCCCAUUGCCCACAAUCCUAUCUGUAAAGGUCUAUUUACAUCACACAAAUUUUGCCUAAAACUGUCGUGUGCAACCUGCCUACAACUUGAGUUGUACUGUGUGAAUCAACAUACAACACGCCUACAACAACGUAGGGGAGUUGUGUUCUUGAUUUACACAGUGCAACUCAAGUUGUGGGCAGGUUGCAUACGACGGUUAAGGUUUUAGGCAAAAGUUGUGUGAUGUAAAUCGACCUUAAAGCUCGUCGUAUUUGAAUUUCUGAAUCAGCAUCCCUAUAGCUGUCAGUUGUGAUAGCGCUGUGUGGUACGUUAAUUGACAGAGAGUUAGAGACCUUGAGUAAGAUUAUCGGUUGCCCUGUGAGAGGGAUAGAAUUCCUGCCUAAACGUGUAAUAAAAGAGGUCAUGGUAUACUGCAUCAAUAUACGCGUUCUCUUCUAGGUAAAGGCGGUGACGAAAACGAAGCUGGCGCAUCAGGAAGUACAACUGAGGUAAGUUCAAGAAACUUUAAUCAUUCUUGCCACAAAGGAUGUGCAGGAAUGUGCAUAUUAAAAUAUCUGUACCAAUAGGGUGGACGUGGUCAAUCAAGUCGAUCGUCGUCUUCAGGGGACAAGAAAAAACGAAAGAGAGGAGAGG